AUGAUGAUGAUGAGUAAUAGAGUUGGAGGUGGUAGUGGAAGUGGAAGUGGAGCUUCAAGGUGUCAGGAUUGUGGUAACCAAUCAAAGAAGGAUUGCGUAUACAUGAGAUGCAGAACUUGCUGUAAAAGUCGAGGGUUUCAGUGCCAAACUCAUGUCAAGAGCACUUGGAUUCCUGUCUCACGUCGUCGUCCAAGACUUCACCAUCACCAUCUUCUCUCUCCUCUUCCUCAUCCUUCUUCUUCUUCAAACCCUAAAAGACACAGAGACAGUCAUCUCUCUCCUCCUCCUCCUCCCUCAGGGCAAGAAAUGGCUGAGGAAGAUCAUCUUCCUAGUGAAGUAAACACCAAGGCAACAUUUAGAUGUGUUAGAGUAAGUUCAAAUGACAAUGAGCUUGAUCAAUAUGCUUAUCAGACGGCUGUAAACAUAAAAGGUCAUCUCUUCAAGGGUAUACUCUAUGAUCAAGGCCGUGAAUCAUCUCAUCAUCAUCAUCAUCAGAGACAACAACAUAAUUUCAACCAUAAUAAUGUUCAAACCUCGUCUAAUAAUUAUCAACCGUUCAUUAUGUUACAACAACAACAACAAAAGAGUCAUCAUCAUACAAAUGAUCAAGCCACAACAAUAGCAUAUCCAAGUCCCUUCAAUGCAUUUAUGCCAGGUACUAAUUUAACCCAUCUCUAA